GACGCCCCAAGCAGCGCCACGCCCGCAGCCCCGGGGCCCCUGACUUGCCCGGCCGGCAGCCCCCUGCUUCUGUUCCUGGCCGCCAUGCUGCAGAGCAUCAGUGUCAAGCGUGACGCGGAGCGCAGGCAGCGGGCGGAAGAGGGAUGCCGCGCUCUUCCCGAAUACGACUACGUGGUUGUCGGCGGAGGAUCCUCAGGCUGCGUGCUGGCAGCGCGGUUGUCGGAAGACGAAUCCGUUUCGGUCCUGUUACUGGAGCGGGGAGGCCACGAACCCGAAGAGGCUAGAGUGCCUGGCUACGCUGUCUUCAACAUCAACAGUGCAAUGGCGGAGUCAUUAAAGGCUGAACCGGAGCCCCACAACUGCAACGCCACAGGCUGCGUCCUCAACGUCCCGACGGUGCUCGGAGGUGGCAGCACCAUCAACGGGAUGCUCUACGUCCGGGGCAGCGGCGAGGACUACGACGAGUGGGCCAGGCUCACAGGAGACCGCGGAUGGGCAUUCAACAACGUGUUGCGUUACUUCAAGAAAUCUGAAGACAAUCUUGACUCUCCGAUCAACAGGGACAUGAGGUACCACGGCCGCGGCGGUCCGCAGAAGGUGUCCUGGCAGCCCUACCGCCACCCCGUGAUGCCGCUGCUGGCCCAGGCCUUGGAGGCCGCGGGCGUCCGGCCCCGCCUGGACAUCAACGCCGAGGCCCAGCUGGGCUACUCGGUGGUGCAGACGACGUCGGCCGGUGGCAGGCGCUGGACCACGUUCAACAGCUACAUCGAGCCGGUGCUGCGCAGGCGGAACCUUCACGUGGAGACUUUCGCCACGGCCAGGAAGGUUGUCCUGCAGAACGCGGCCCGCGGCAAGCUCAAGGCGGUAGGAGUGGAGUUCGAGGACGCUGCCGGCACGGUCCACGUGGUGCGAGCGAGGAGGGAAGUGGUGCUAACAGCCGGGGCCAUCCACACCCCGCAACUCCUCAUGCUUUCUGGCAUAGGCCCGGCUGGGCAGCUCAAGGCGCUGGGCAUCCCCGUCCUCAAAGACCUCCCGGUGGGCGAAGAGCUGCUGGACCACGCCGACGUCGUGGGCGUGCCCUACAAGUGUGAGCCGCCGCUCUGCACCACGGACUGGCAGAGCCGCCUCGCCGAUCUCCGGCAGUACCGGCAGAACCGCACAGGGCCCCUCUCCGCCUUGAACGUCCUGCACCUCAACGUUUUCGCUAGGAGCUCGCUGGCCGAGCCGGGGACGGGCCUGGCCCCGGAUCUGCAGAUUAUGUUCCUUGCGCGCACUGUGGACGAAUACGAGACGUGCCUGCCGUACGACUCGUGGCGAAUCAACAGGGUCAUCCCUUUGGUGUCCCUCAUGCGGCCCUACAGCGUGGGCUGGCUGCGCCUCAACGCGUCCAACCCUCGCGGGCUGCCCCUGGUGAAGCUCAACUACUUCGGGGACCCCGCGGGCCACGACCUUGCCGUCACAGUGGAGGCGCUGAGGAUGGGCCUGCGGCUGCGGGAUGCUCUCGCCCCGCUGGGCCUCACUCUGGACACCAGCUCGUUCACCCAGUGUGCGGCGGAGGGCGCCGUGGACUCGGACGCGUUCCUGCGCUGCGUGGCGCGCACGCGCACGUCCACCUCCUGGCACUGGAGCGGCACGUGCCGCAUGGGCCGCGCCCGCGACCCGCGCGCCGUCCUGGACUCGCGCCUGCGCGUCAGAGGGGUGGCCAGCCUGCGCGUGGCCGACGCGUCCGCCAUGCCCUUCAUCCCCAGCGGCAACACCAACAACCCCACCAUCAUGCUGGCCGAGCGCGCCGCCGACAUCAUCAAGCGCGACAGGAAGGCGCUGUGCCCCUGGUGCUGAGCUGCCGACUCAGUCACCGCCAACAGUGUCAAAGUUCGUCACUUUAUGAAAUUGACAUCAAGUGGCGACUCAAAUUUUCACAGUGAAUGAGACCACAUUUAUUAUAUAUUAUAAUACACAUGAUAAUCAAUAAAGGGGGCAUUGCAAGAAAAAUAACUA